AGGCACAAACGUCAUCUGCAGUUUAAAAAUUCAAAACAGCUGCCUGUGUGUUGUGGACGUGUCUGCACGGAAUCUACGACAAAUAUUUAAAGGGUGAACAUGGACCGUCUAAAGGUGAUGAUUAAAGUCUUCAGGAGAGAGUGCCACAGGGUUUUACGCUCCGAGAGGACAACCAUCUAUGGAGCGGAUGAAAUGCUGAUGUUGCUGCAGCUGGCUAUGGCUGAAGUCAACAAGCAGCACGGCGCAGAGUUCAAAGUGGCUCUGAGUGAUGUCCUGAUGGCCUGGAAACACUUACUGUUAGACAAACUUCACCUGCCACCCCCCAACUUUGCACGCUUGGAGAACUAUGAUCUCAUCCUGAAGGCAUACGAAUCCUUCCUGAAGCGCUCCAACACUGUGGACCUGGUUGAUAUCCUCUUCAUGUACAAACAGCUGAGGCUGGUGGACUUGGACCCGGAGGAGCCUGUGAGCCCAAUCCAGCUGUUUGAGUUCUUAUCAGGCAACGUGGAAGUCUCAGAGUUGCCAGACUCCUCGGUCCCGUCAACACCGUCUAGUAAAAGCAGGUCCUGCAGCCCACAGGUGAAGACGGCAGUGAGAAGAGUUUUCUGCUCAUAUCUAAAUUUGCUCGUGAACACCAAAAACGACCUAGCCUUGGCGCUGACGCUCGACGUCCCGAGUCGCGCUCUCGGACGACAGGCAUUCACCGACGUGAAGCACGCUGCACAGAACAACAACACUUCCCUCUUCUUGGCUGUGACAUCUUUUGUGCGGGCCGUCCAGCUCGGUGGGAAAGGCUACGCUCCAGCUGAGUCUGACCCACUGAGGAAACAUGUCAAAGGCCUGUCGGACUUUGUCCAGUUUCUAGACAACCUGGAAGAAAUACUGGGAGAGAUUCCUGACCCAAGUGUAUGCGGAGCCAGGCUGGUGGCCGCCAUCAGGGCAGCGCUGGUGAAGGGACGCAGCAGCGAAGACGCCGUGUACGCUGCAGCCGGAGAGACGACCAAGGAGCUGAAGGAGAGGAUCUGCCAGCUCCACCAGAUCCAGAAACAGACCGCUAAUGGGAGCGGAACGGGGAUAAGCCCUGCCAGGCCAAAGGCGUAUGCGGUCAAUCAUGCCACAGCGUACGGAGGUCGGGACACUGUGAAGGUGCUGAUGGCUCUGCUGGAUGAAGAAGCGUCGGCUCCUCUGUGCCAGAACAAGGCGGACCUGUUGUCCGAGGACCAGCCAGUCCUGAGCGGGGCUGAGGGGACCAGCGUCCUCAUGUUGUUCAGAUCCCCAGAAGUGUCUACUGGAUGUUCUCCAGAACCUCUAAGGAACCGAGUCCAGAGCCGGCUAGACCUGCUCAAACCCAAGCCUAAGGACAUUCGCGUCAUUCGAUCCCAGUUUGCGUGCACGUACAAAGACGAAGAACUGCCACUCAACCGAGUCCUGGAGUUCCCCAGCACCAGCCAGGUCCCUACAUGUGUGCACCCGGCACCGAAAACCAUCCCAGCUGUGGACGAGGAGGAGUGCAGCUUGGAUUUGGAGGAGGACGCAACAACAGCCAAGUCUACCUCUGGAUGUCCAAAUAGGGAGCAGAGAGGCGUGCAGCGGGGGGCUGCUCCUGCUCUCGGGCAAAGAAGUGGAAAUGCCCAAAACAGAAGUUCAGGCCCGGCAGGCAACGGAAAGAAAACCGGCAAACUUCAGACGCAGAGCAAGAGCAACAAGAGGAAGCAGGUGGAUUUGGACCAACAUGGAGGAUCAGAGAACGAGCCUCCACAGAAGAAACAGCCCGCCGCCGUUAAAAUGCCCGCAAAGGCUGUCGGCAAGGCCUCGAGUAAGAAGAAGCUGAUAGCCGGACAGGGAAAGCUAACCAGCUUCUUCAGAGUUUAGUUUUGAUGUUUUCUCUCACUGACAAAUCUUGUGAAGUACGUGAACGUUUCAGUUCAGUUAAUCUGAAAGUUAUUUUAAUGAAUUUAUUAAAUCUAUUGGAGGGAAACAAAUUAGGCGGGUAUAAAUUUUACAUCUGAGAAGCGAAUGAUGAAACUGUGAACUCACCUAUCAAAAUUAUUGUUUCUGUUUUUAAAAUUACACUCAUUCAUGUUUCCACACUAGUUUAUUUUUUUACCCAUUUCGCAGUAACUGGGGUAGCUGCAAUGUGAAUGAAUCAGUUCAGAUCAACGGGAGUCUGGAUUUGAUCCGUACAGUUUUAAUUUAAUCACGAGGUGUCACACUGUAAUAUGUUUCACAAUGAAAUCAACUCUGUGAAUAUGAUUCAGACUUUUCCUUUUUAAAUAAACUUUUAUUUUGUUUUA